AUGCAGCUAAUGCGAGAUGCUUUAGCGCAUUGUGAUUUGCAUGAUCUGGGUUUCUUUGGUUCUUCGUAUACUUGGCAAGGAGGUGGUGUGAAAUGCCGGUUGGAUAGGGUAGCAGCGUCGGCAUCAUGGGUGGACCUGUUUCCGGCAGUUAGGGUUUCCCACUUGGACCCGAUUCAUGGGGAUCAUAUCCCAAUUUUUCUGAGUUGUGGGGGUGCUUUGCCACUGCGAACGCGGUCCCGGAGGUUUAGGUUGGAGUCUUUUUGGGUCCAGCAUGCGGACUGCCAUCAAGUUGUUGAACAAGGCUGGGCAACCCCGGUUGGUGGUACUGCGAUGUUCCAGGUGCAGCAAAAGAUUAUGCACUCUCAUUUUGCUUUGAAUCACUGGCAGCGGGCCACCUUUGGAAAUAGGUGGAGGGAGAUGGAUAUGAUACGUAGUAGACUACAACACUUGCUUUCUGGUUCUCACUCAGACUCGGUGCAGCUGGAACAAGUUGAGUUGUCUUCUAAGCUGGAUCAUCUUUUAUCUGCUGAGCAUAAGUUUUGGAAACAAAGGUCUAAGUCCACGGAGGCAUGUAUGGAAGAGAUUGUUCUGGGGUAUUUCUCAACUAUGUUCACGUCCGAUGAUGUUGAUCGAUCUCAGAUGGAUGAGGCUAUUAAUUUGUUACAGCCUAAGGUGUCUAGGGAGAUGAAUGAUGACUUAUGUGCACCAUACUCGGCGGAGGAGAUUAAGGCCGCACUUUUCCAAAUGUAUCCCACUAAGGCACCUGGUCCGGAUGGGAUGCCUCCACUGUUUUUCCAGCAGUAUUGGGAGGUGGUUGGGCCUGAUGUUGUGGCUGCAGUACAAGGCUUCUUACACUCAGGGCGGUUGCUUGGGUCCCUCAAUUAUACACAUAUUUGCUUGAUUCCAAAGGUACCAAAUCCUGAACACAUGUCUGAUUUACGUCCCAUUGCUCUUUGUAAUGUGAUUUAUAAGAUAUGUUCUAAGGCUGUGGCUAACCGGUUAAAGAGGAUUCUUGAUAUAUUGAUCUCACCAGUACAGAGUGCUUUUAUUCCUGGAAGGUUGAUUACUGAUAAUACACUUAUUGCCAAUGAGAUUUCUCAUUACAUUAACAACUGGAAGUCUAGUACUGAAGGGAUAAUGUCAUUGAAGCUGGAUAUGAGUAAGGCUUAUGAUCGCAUGGAAUGGUGUUUCCUAGAAGCAGUCUUGUUGUGGCUUGGUUUUGCUGAGAGAGGGUUGAGGCAAGGGGACCCAUUGUCCCCUUAUCUGUUCUUGCUAUGUGCUGAGGUCUUUUCUAUGCUGUUGGAGCGUAAAGCGGCUUUGGGUUUAUUACAGGGUAUACAGAUAUGCCCGGAGGCGCCGACUAUUCACCAUUUACUUUUUGCUGAUGAUAGUCUGCUUUUUGGCAGAGCUACCCAGGAAGAGUUCACACAUAUCCAGUCAGUUUUCUCUACUUAUGAGUUAGCUUCAGGGCAGAAGGUUAACUAUGCUAAGAGCAGUGUGGUGUUUAGUAAGAAAGUGUGUGGUGGUCUACAGAGUCUAUUGUCUGAUUCCUUGGGGGUCAAGAUUGUGCUUAAGCAUGAGGAGUAUUUGGGUCUUCCGACUUAUUUGGGUAGGAAUAAAACUGAGCCUUUUGCUUUUAUUAAGGAAAGGCUUAGUAAGAAGCUGGUAGGUUGGCAGGGUAAAAUACUCAGUGGUGCAGGUAAGGAUCUUCUUAUUAGGGUGGUUGCUCAGUCACUGCCUACUUACACUAUGAAUUGCUUUAUGCUCCCACAACAUUUUUGUGAUUCACUUCAUCAGUUAUGUGCUCGUUUUUGGUGGGGUAGUAAGGCUGAGAAUCGGAAGAUUCAUUGGCUUUCUUGGGCUAAACUUUGCCAACCUAAGGAAGUUGGUGGGAUGGGGUUUAGAGAUCUACAUGCACACAAUACUGCUCUCUUGGCUAAACAGGAAUGGCGCUUCUUAUGUAAUCCCACUUCGUUGGUAGCUAGAUUGUAUGGGGCCAAAUACUUUUUGCAGGGUGAUAUUUGGAACUGUGUUCUUACAUCACCUCCUUCUGCAUGUUGGCGUAGCAUUUAUUCUGCUCUAUCACUACUUCGAAGUGGUAUAAGGUGGCAGGUGGGGAAUGGAGCGACUAUUCAUGCUUGGGAUGAUCUGUGGAUUCCUAGACCUGUGACUUUCCGGCCUGUUAUUCAUAUGGAAGGGGGUCCUCUUUGGGUCAAGGAUUAUCUGCUUUCCGGACUCUGUUGGAAUGUCGAUUUGGUGCGAGAGUGGUUUAAUCAGUGUGAUGCUGAGCUGAUCCUGGCCAUCCUUUUGAGCCGAUGGGAUGUACCUGACAGAUUAGUUUGGCAUUAUGAUGCUAAAGGUAAUUUUACUAUGAAGAGCGCAUAUUUGUUAGCUUUUGAUUUACUACAUGGGGGCUCUUCUUCUUCUGAAGGUGGUGGGACUUCCGAAUUUUGGAAGUCUAUUUGGUUCGCAAAUGUUCCUGGAAAAAUUAAAGUUCACUUUUGGAAGGUUUGUUCUUCCAUUUUGCCCACUAAUUCACAGCUCUGUUCUCGUCGAGUACCUAUAUUGGAUGGUUGUUUCUUUUGUAAUGCUGAGGAGACCAUUAUGCAUGUUAGUUGUGAAUGCCCUUUUGUGAAGGAUUUAUUGAAUUAUUUUCCUUCAUUGGGAAUAGUGCAGACGUUGCAUAUGGUGCAUGGUUCUGUACGUGAUUGGUUGGCUUUGUGUUUGGGGCAUCUAACUAAACCGAAUGCUUCCUUAUUCUUGAUAUUGAUCUGGUUUGUGUGGAAAGAGAGAAAUAAGAGACUUUGGAAUGGCAGGUUUGCAUCUCUUGAUCAGUUAGCUUUCCAGGUUACUUCUUUUUAUCAUCUUCACAUGUCAGUUCAAGCUCCUUCACGCCAGGUUGUGGGGAGAAGGAAUUCACAGUGGACUCCACCUUCCCCGGGUUGGCUUAAGGCUAAUUGUGUUGGGAUAUAUGAUGCUUCCAGCCUUUCAGGUGGUAUUGGGGUUGUGCUUAGAGAUAGUUCUGGCUCAAUAGUGGGUGGUGUUUGCUCUAAGGUGAGAUGGGUGUCAAGUUUGCAAACUGUUGAAGCUUUGGCUUGCCGAGCGGCAUGCAAUUUGGUGGAUAGGUUUGGCCUUGCUCCAGUUGCCUUUGAGUCUGCUUGCCAGCACGCUGUGACUACCAUCAACUCACAAGGGGUGAAUACUUCUUUGCUGGGUAGAGUUUAUGACGAUAUCUCAACUAUAUUGGGGAGCCUUCAUGGCUCUUAUUUCAGCUAUAUUAGUCGGACUGCAAAUAAGGUCGCCACUAUGCUGGCUAGGUAUGCAUUAGGUUCUAAUUUUGAUCUGUAUUGGAGUGGGUCUGUCCCCACAGAAAUCAGUGGCUUCAUAGCCACUUUGUGUACAAACUGA